AUGGCAAUCAAAGAUAUUGUCACUGAUCCAGGCCUCAAGGCUGCCUUAGAAACAUCUGCUCAGGCCCGGGAGCAAGCUGUCGCACUGCUCGACUUCGUCUCGAACCACCCCGCCACAUCCACGCCCUCCGAGGACUUUCAGAUCCAAGUAUCCAGGCAACAGAAGCUUCUCCUUACCUACCUCGCGCAGUUACGGGGCCUUCAUCGUGAUGCGCACAUGGCCGCUCGAGAGACUAAGGCCGUGACGGCUGAAGCACGUCAAGAGGUCGACAAGCUACACCUCCAACUCCAGAACCUCUACUAUGAACAACGACAUCUUCAGGGAGAGAUUGCUGCUUGCGAAUCCUUUGAGCAAGUCGACUCCUGUGGUAUCAUUGUCCUCCGUGCUAAUUAUUUGCAUAGUCACAAAUACACACAAUUGCCUCUCAUUCCAGUCGAACAAUUCCUUGCGGAGCACCCAGAGCACACAGACGCAGACGAAAAUGCCCUCAUGACCGCACGAAUUGACCAUGAACAUGCAGAGCGCGAAGCUUUGGAAAGCCAGAGGCAAGGCCUGUUGAAGAAGAAGUUAGGCCUCGUUGCAGAGAAUAAGAAGCGUAAGGACGAUUUGGCUGCUUUGGAUAAAGACUUGGAGACGUUUAUUGACGCCGCUAAACCAAUAAUCACCACUUUCGAAAAAGUUAUCUGA